AGGGUUAGGAUCCUGGACUUCUUUAUAAUUAAUACUAAAAAAUGUAUAUUAAGAAAUCUAUUCAAAAAUAGCAACCCCUUCACUUAAAUUGGCAUUAAGUUUUAUAAAACAUUGGGUAAUUCCAGCCAACUGUGCCUUUCCGAUUCGGCGAUAAGAUAUGGCCUGCACACACUCAUUUGAACUGUGGCGUGGUUCUAUAGUCAGACUCUGCCUAAACAGCUCUCCCCCGUCAGCUGCACAUAUUCCCCACUGAUGCAGUCGAUCCGUAAUCUUAUCUCCCGGCGAGAGACUUCGACCGCCGACCUACACCGGAUCGGGUUGGAUUCGCAAUUGGAUCGGGUUGGAUUCGCAAUUGGAUGAAGCGAAUGGUUAAGAGAGCAGCGGGAGUGGCCAAGUUCACAAUCAGUGGAGUGACUGGCCAUAAAGGCAGUAGUUUAGCUUUUAACGGUUACGUUUCGGCCUGGGAUUUCGUCUGCCGAGUGAUUAGGGCAAGCGUUUAGUAGCCAUCCAGCUGCCACGAAGCAAGCGACUUCCCAGAAAUGGCCGAUCUGCGUCCCCUGAGUGACGAACUCCGUCGCAUUGCCGAGACGGAGCUGAACGAAGUGGAGGACCGGGUCCCCGCCGAUCUGGAGGCUCUGCGGGAUUGGGUGGCCAAGCAGCCGUAUCUGAAAGCACGACAGGAUGACCAGUUCCUGGUUGGCUUCCUGCGAGGCUGUAAAUUCAGCCUGGAAAAGACCAAGUCUAAGCUGGAUCACUUUUACACCAUCAAGACGCUAAUGCCGGAGCUCUUUGGUAGCCGAAUUGUGGACGAGAAGAACUUAGAAUUGUGUCGAACGGGAACCUAUGUCCGGUUGCCCAAACCCUGGGGAGAUGGCGGCCCUCGCCUGCAGCUCACAAACUACGAUAAAUUCGAUCCCAAGAAGUUUAAAUUGCUGGACCUGUUCCGCUACCAAACAAUGUUAUCCGAACAGGCCAUCCGUGAGGAUGACAACAGCAACAUUAGUGGCUACAUUGAGAUCAUCGACAUGGCCAAACUGAGCCUUAGUUUUUUUGCCCAACUGGAUUUUACGCUCAUCAAGAAGAUGGGUAUAUUCGCGGAGAAGGCUCAACCCACUCGCUUGAAGGGAGUCCACCUGAUCAACUGUCCCAAGGAGGGGGUGGCCCUAUUGAAUCUGGCCAAAAGCCUUAUGCCCAGCAAGCUCCAGCAACGGUUUCACGUGUAUAAGAAUUUGGAGCAAUUGAACAAGGUCAUACCCCGCGAAUAUCUGCCGGAGGAAUAUGGCGGAAGCAAUGGACGUAUAGCCGAUAUCCAGGCGGAGGCUGAAAAGCAAUUGCUGUCCUACAAGAGUUAUUUCGCAGAGGAUUCCCAGUAUGGAGUUGAUGAGCAUCUACGUCCUGGAAAGCGUGUUAGUGCCGACUCUAUUUUCGGCGUCGAAGGCUCCUUCCGCAAACUCGACAUUGAUUAAAGUCCGAAAUGUUCAAAUUAGUAGUUUAACGAGAAGGGAGAACAGUCUAAAUUAAAUGCACACAAAAUGCAAUCAUCUAAAA